AUGGAAUUUCUUUAUUUUUCCAGCCCAUCAAAAGCUCAAACAUCUCGCCUGUUCCGCGCAGUUCUCAACUCGCUUCGUCGCCUCACCAACUUCAUCAUUUUCCUCUUCACCGCCUAUGUUGGAGUCGUCAAACCGUCGUUGACAAAUUUCGUGUAUUUUGCCGCAUUUUUGUUCAUUUCUUCGUGGUGGGCUACUUAUAAACCGCUUAGACAUGGAGUUUAUAAUCAGAUCAAGAAGGUAACCUUUUUUCGCGCUGAAAAAUGAUGUAUUUUAAUAGAGAAAAGUGUGCCAGUCUUGCAAAAUAGGCCACGCCCACUUUCUCCAAGCUUGACAUAGUUUUCUGAUCAUUUUGAUACCAAAUAUGGUUGGGAAAUGUGUGCCAGACUUGCAAAAAUAGGCGUGGUCUCAAUAAAUUCUGGAUUUUUCUGAAAAUACAAGUACGUGAAAACGUUGAAACCUUGCCACGUCAUCAUUUAAAAAAAUUAGCGAGUUCCUGGAUUUUCCCCUCAUUUCUCAAUGAAAAAAUGGUGGAAAAACUCGACUUUUUGAUGUAAGACAUAAGCCACGCCCAUUUUCUGCAAUCCUGGCACGAUUUUCCUGAACAUGUUUAGCAUCAAAAUGCUCAGAAAACCGUGCCAGAUUUGCUGAAAAUUCCCCAACAACUUGAAUUUAUUGCAGUUUCUCAUCUUCUACUCGGCCAUCCAUUUCAUCUUGAUCUAUACCUAUCAAAUCCCGCUGGUUCACACUUUCUGGCUUCCAACUCACUCAUUUUUGGCUCGACUUUUCGGGUUGAAUGUGUUGAUGGAAUCGAAAUGCCCCAACUAUUGGGAAUUUCCAUUUGUUGCACCCGAUUUGGACAACACGAAUUUGAUGAUGAAAUGGCCGUUGUAUGCGAAUCCUGUUGUGGUUUUGGUGGGUUUUUUUGGGGCUGGAAAUGGUCUAGAAACCUGAAAAUCGUGAAUUUUCAGCCAAAAUUGAUCUAGAAACUAUUUAAAUUUCAAAAUUGUUGACCAGAAAAUCUUAAAAACAGUCUAGUUUUGGUCAAAUUUUCCCCGAACGACACUCCGCAUUUACAGCUCUUCUACUAUCUCACAGUUGCUCAAUUCAAAUUUACCCGCGACGGCUCCAGACAAUACAUUGAUGAUAAUGAUUUUGGAUCGAGUGUUCAUGAAGAGGUACGGUUUUCUGUUUUCUUUGCGUCUCUCUGAAUUUUUCUAUCUCUCUCUUUUUGUCCAUGUUUCUGUUUUGAAAACAACUUUUUUGUGUUUCGUUUUUCUGGCGCGGGAAAAUUUGAAAAUUCAAAUUUUCCCGCGCUUUUUUGAAUUUUUCUCCAAAAAAGAAUUUAGCGAUUCACAGUUGAGUCGAAUCUGGAUGAUGAGCUGAUUUCGAUUGAAGGAGUUGCGAAUGAGACAUCGCCGAGUAGAACACGUGGAAAUACAAGGGUUCGUAGACUAGACUAUAGUUUUUUGUGUUGUGUGUGUUGGGAGAUGGGGGUGGGAAAAAUGACCUGUUUUUUUAGUAGAUCAAGUAAUUGUUUAUAGCUUUGCUGACGCAUUUUCUGUAGUCCAGACUACACAAUUUGCGCCAGCAAUCAGCUUUGUCGAAAAUUUGCCUGAAAAUUUCGAUUUUCAUAGGAAAAUGCAGGUUUACUUGUGUUUUCACAUGAAAUUUUGGGAUUUUCAGACAAAUUUUCACAAUAAACUCUGAAAAUCAGGAUUUCUAAUGCUGAAAAUUUGAAAUUUCACUGAAAACUGCGAUUUUUUCAGUGAAAUUUCAGAUUUUUGGCAUAGAUGCAGAAGCUAUGCCCAACUUUUGCUGAAUUCAAAAUUUUCCUCCCAUCUCCUUUUAAUUUUUGUAUCUGUGUGUGUUUGUCUGCGUUUUUAGUUGCUCAUGUUAGUAACCAAUUUUUCCUCUCACGAAAUUCACCCAGCUUCCCGCCAGCUUUUUUUUUGGUUCAAAAAAUCUCACCUGCCCUGUUUUUGCAGCUUCUCUCCAGCGACACGUCUACAAAUCAUCUUCAAACUGGAGAAGCACCGCAACGCGACCGUUCCGCAUCGCCAAUCCGCGACGGCGAAUCGCGUGACGCGAUCCCAAUGCGAAAAGUGACGUCGCAAGUGGUGGAUCGCAACAAACUUAGUCAUAUUUUCAAUGUACCGGGCGAAAAUGAGUCGGCUGCUUCAAAGGGAAUGAUUGCUCUCAUCAGUUUUGUUAUUUAUCAUUCGUAUUCGAUUGCGUUGACUGCAAUGAUGGUAAGGAGAUUUUGGGAAAGCUGAAAAUGCAGAAAAUUUCGGCAAAAAUACGUUGAAAAUGGUAAAAAAAAUACCUGAAUUUGACGUAAAUAUAAAAUUAAAAAUUUUCAGCACUAAAUAUCCACUUGGUAAUUUCAGGAUAUUUUCAAUUAUCAAAUUUUUUCUAGUUCAAAAUUUUGAAAAUCUGAAAUUUCCAGCUCUUUUUGGACCUGAAAUUGACCAAAUAAACCAGGUCCCUUCCUGCCUCAAAAUAUCCUUAUUUUCAGACUUGGGCUCUUCUCUAUCACUCGAUUUUCGGCCUCAUUCUAUUGAUCACCACAUGUAUUUUGUGGAUCUUCAAAGACACCCGAAGAACAGCUUUUCUGGUUGCACCAUUGCUUUUGAUUUAUGUUGAGGUGAGUUUUGAGCAUUCUGAGCACAAAUUAAGCCACGCCUCUCUUUUUCGCCAUGAAAUUUGGAGCAUUUUGAGUUCCUCAUAUGUUCCUUUAAAUAUUUCCUUUUUUCCAGUUUCUUCUCUGCUUCCAAUACUUUUUAUCGUUGGAUAUUCACCAAGAUAUCGGAGAUCACAAAUGGAUCACAUUUUUGGGAAUCAAUUGGAUCGAGUUGCCGGUUCAUGCCACGAUGAUUUUGAUGGUCCAAGUGAGAAAAUUUGGGGAAUUUUGAUCUAAAAUUCAUGAAAAUUGGCCAAAAAUGACCCAGAAGUCAAGGUUUUCAACCUGAAAUUAGAAUUUUUGACCAAGAUUUGAGCCUAAAAAAUUUCGAAAUUUAUUAUGUGAUCAGCUGUGUUUACAACACGUAGUUCAUUUUUUUUUUGCUCGAAAAAAAUAUUGAAUUUCACAUAUCUGUGGCCUUUUUUUUCUACAACAGAAAAAAAUGAGCAAAAUUUGAGGAGAAGCUGUCAUCUUUCCUCAUAUCAUAUCAUUAUUAGCUAGUCAUGAACUAUGAACUAGCUGUACUUUAUCUUUAUGGAUUAGUCAUUUUUCCGGUGAGAUUUUGAAGGGUUUUGGGCUGGAAAUAUCUAAUUUUUAUCUGAAAAUUUGAAAAAAUGAGGGGAAAUUGACCUGGGAGCCUUGUUUUUGACCUGAAUCAAAAUCAGGUUUACUGACUGAAACUAAUUAUUUUUGACCUGAAAUUCAGAAAAAUUGACAGAACUUACCUCGAAAACUCAGAAAUUACAGGUUUAUCUCAAAAUUCAGCAUUUUCACUCCUGAAAUUAAAUAUUUAAUUCCAGACUCUUCUCAGUCUUCCCGUAUUUUUGCUUCUUCGUUUGGCAAGAAGAGAAAAAUACUACGAAUCACUGACGGAUUUCGAACGACAACGAAGAAUCAAUUCGUAUGGAACUUUUGGCGCCUCAAAAAGUGGAUCUGGAGGAGUUGCGGUAACUAAGGUGAGCUCUAUUUUUUCUCCGAAAAUUUUGCAUUUUUUUCAAAGUCAAAAAUCAAUUUUUCUUCCUAGCACAACAAAUGUAAAUUUGUGAGAAAAUUGGAAAAUUCCCAUUUUCUCCCUAAAAAUUGUCAUUCGAAAAAAAAAAUGAAAUUUCUGAAAUUAAUUUCAGGAAUUUCCAAACAUGUCUUUCGUUUUUUUAUUGUGAGUUUUUUCGCCGAAUUUUUUUGAAACAAAAAAAUCAAAACAUUAAUUUUGAAUCAUUCCUCAAUAUGUUUUAUUCGGGAAUUUUCGGGGAAGUUAUUGAUUUUUUGAGGGAAUUCGGGAUUUUUCUGAGAUUUCAGCACCCAAAAGCUUGUGAAAAUUGUUAAAAUUAUCGAUUUUUCACCAAAUUGUUCCACCAUUUUCCUCCUAAAAAAUCACAAUUUUUUCCAAUUUUCAGGACCCAAAAUCGCAAAGCUUCGCCAAAUUCAUCGAAUAUUUAUCGCACAAAAUCACCGUAUAUUUCGUGUUUUUGGUCGCAUUGGUUUUGCUAAUUGUUGCCACGUCAUUCAAACCAACUUUCUAUACAAUCGGAUUUUUCUGCAUUUGGGCAUUGUUGGUUUUGUAUUUGAAGGUUUGUGGAUUGUUUUGUUUGAGCUGAAAAUGCUGAAGAAAUCAAUUUUCGACACGGAAUUUGAUUAAAAAUGAGCUAGAAAUGCUCAAAAAUUCAUUUUCGGCUCUUAAAUUUGAGAAAAUUGCCUGAAUUUCAGGAUUUUUGAACUACAGUGAUCUAUUUUCAUUUACAGUAUUCCUUGAUUUUUGGCGCGAAAAUCUGAGCCCUCAGAAAACUUGUUAAAGAAAUAUAAAAUUGUCAAAUAUUUACACAACUUUUACUUUUUGUUCUCGCAUUACUCAUUUUUCCCAAAAAAAAAGAAACUUUUAUUAAUUUUUUCUCUGCCAUCCACUGAAAAUUUAAAAAAAAACUGCCACAAAAAAAUUUCCGGUUUUUUUGGAGUAUAAUAGGUUUAGUUUAGAACCGUAAAAUUGAAAGUUAUAUACUUUUUUGUUGUUAUUUUUUAUUUUUUGUAUGUUUUUUAUGAAAAAAAGUGAAAAUUUGGUCAAUUUUUGAGCUGAAAUUUGAGAAAAAUGAGAAAAUUAAGUGAAAACUGAACUUUUUGGCUGAAAAUUUAAAAAUUUUGGUUAAUUUUUAAGCUAAAAUAUUUCUGAUUUUAAUUUUUCGUCACACUUUGAGAGCUACAGUAUUCCAAAAAACAUUUUUGAGAUUUAUUUUAUUUUUAUUUUUUUUUUUUGAGAUCUACGGUAUACUAAUUUUAUACAUCAAAUUUGAGAGCUACAGUAUUCCAAAAAAAAUAUUACAGUAUACUAAAAAUACCCAUUUUUUCCAGAUCUCAUUCCGAUUGUUCCGCGGUGUCGCCUACGUAUUCUGGUUGUCAUUAUCAUUCUACACAUCGCUGAUUAUUAUCGGUCUCUACAUUUUUCAAUUUCCCGGAGUGAGUUGGGCUAACUGUGGGCCUAAAGAAGCCUAUGAAAACAGCAUAAGAGGCCCUAAAGAAGUCCUGAAAGGCUCUUUGAAACUAGGUCUGAAAGCAUUGUGAAGAACCUAAAAAGAGCCUUAAAAGCCCUAACUUAAGGGCUUGAGAAAGACCUUAAAAUGGCCUUAUUCUCAAAAUCCUUACUUAAAGACCUGAACACAACCUUCGUUAGAUACAUCCUAAAUGACAAGGGCCCUAAAUGGACCCUGAAUGUUUAUUUGAAAGCCUUAACAUAUCCUUAAAAACUAGGCCUUAAACAAGCCUAACUUACAGGCCUAAACAAGGUCUUGGCCUAGAAUUGUUUUUGUUUCCCACGCCCCGAUGUGAAAUUCAACACCGUUUCCUCAUUUUCAAAAAGUUUUCCCUCCCCCAAAAAUGUUUUUGCAGAUUGCUUCAUGGGUCAAAACAACAACCGGAUUAUCGGACGAAUGGCUUAAAGCCAUUGGAUUGCAAGAUUUUUCGGCAAUUGGAAAAGCUGGGUAAGGAUUGGGUUGAAAAAUUGGGGGGAAUUUGAGAUUUUCGAGCUGAAAAUGAGGAAUUUUAGCUCAAGAAUCUUGAAAAACAUCACAAUUUUCCAAAAAUGAUGAAUUUUGGGUGAAAAUAGUCAAUUUUUCAGUCAAAAUUAACGAUUUGCAGACGAUUUUUCCGGGCAAAAACUCUGAAAAUCGCGCGAAAUUUUUCAGAGUCCUAUUUCUGCACCUCCUUUCACCAAUUGUUCUUUUCGUCGUCACGAUGCUUCAACUCAAAUUCUUCCACGAUCCAUGGAUCCGAGCAACUUCGAGACAAACACAAUCCGAAGCCGAACAACAAGCACAACAAGCUAGAAGUUUGGAAGAGGGACCAAGUGGAGCUGGUGAGUUUUUUUGGGGAAAAAAUUAGAGGUUUUUGACCCAGAAAAUAUGGAAAUUUGGCCUGAAAUUGAAUUUUUUCUGAUUUCCUCGCUAAAUUUUAACCGGAAAAUCUGAAAAUGUUUGCUCUGAAAAUACCUAUUGUCAUUCCGAAAAUAAAAGAACCCCCGUUUGAAUUGGCGCUCACGUACAGUAGACUAAAGAUGACGUGACACAUGCAUAUCAAACUGGUUGGCAAAUAGCCAACGUGUAAAUUUCGCAUUUUAUUUUUCAAAUAGACUCCAAAAUUUCGCGAAGUCUACUGUGGUCUUGGUUUCCUAGGCCAUUUCGGUUCUCUUCCAAGGUUCUUUUUUUUUCGGAAGGACAAUACCUGGAAAUGUACGUUUCAACAAUUUUCUAAAUUUAGUUAUCCUAAUUUGAGAUGAUUCCCCCGUUCCCAGCCUUAAAAUGAUUUUUUGGACUAUUUUUGCCCAAGAAACCUUGAAUUUCACUCUAAAAAUGAAUUUUCACCUGAAAAUCUGGAAUUUUGACAUGUUUUUCACCGAAAAAUUUUUCUGAUAAUCAAUGUUUUGAAAAAAUAAAUUUUUGGGGACGCGGAAAAAGUUGUGUUUAAUAAAUAUGAAGAGUGAAAAUAAACAAAGCUUCUCUGUGUUCCUUUUUCGCCUUUUUCUUCUUUUUCUAAUUGGUUUUUGUGGUUUUACUGUUUUUCUUUGUGAAAUUGGUGAAAUUUGGGAUUUUUCACUAUAAAUCAUACGAAAUAUGUCAUUUUUGACCUGUUUUUCUCUGAAUCUUUGAUUUUGAGAUUUUUUGCUCAAAAAUGCACAAUUUUUCAUGUGGAAAAUUGGGGACAUUAAAAAUUCUCCGAAAUUUUUAAUUUCAAAUGUUGCGGCCCCAGAAUUUGUGAUUUUUAGCACCAAAAAAUUCCACGUGUAUUUUUUUUUUCAAAAAAAAAAAACAUAGAAAAAAUCGGUUUUCUGACUGGAAAUCUCCUUUUUAACCCAAAAAUCCGAAAUUUCCAAAUUUUUUAAUAAAGAAUAGUCAACUGUUUAUUUGAAAAAAAUUAAAAUUCCGUCAAAAAUAUUGAAUUUUUCCUAAUUUUUGACUAACUAAAGUCAUUUUUCACCUGAAAAUCACAUUUCUUUCUCCUAAAUCUCUCAUCAACUUUUUUUUGGCCGUGUUCCAAAAACGAAAAUGAAAAGAUAUCGGUUGAUGAAGAAAAGUGGAAAAAGAAAUGGAAAACAAGUCUUCUUGACCACAUAUUAUAAAAUGUACAACAACACAUACACAAAUCGUAUUAUUAUCAUCUUUUUUGUCUCUUUUUUUUAAAGAGCGCGAAAUUUUGGGAUUUUCAGUCAUUCUCGACAAGUUUUUCGACGUUUUCAUUGAAAAAUUGAUCAUUUUCACUUAAAAAACACCCAACCCCCUAUUUUCACCAAAAAUUCCUCAUCUUUGACCUAUUUUUCUCUGAAUCUCUGAUUUUCAAUGAUCUCUCGCCCCCAGAAAUUGACAGUUUCCGCUUCCUUCAUCAACCUUUUUUUUCUCCCAAAAAAUGAUUUUUUUUUGGAGAAAAAAGGACCUACUAAGUUAUGAAUUUGAGCCAAUUUGUGUGCAUUUUUUGGUGCAAAAAAUUGAUUUUUUUGAGGCCGAAAUUGGAGUUUUCUGGGAAUUUUGAAGAUUUUUUAGCCUGAAAUCAAUUUCAGACUAAAAUGUGAGCACCUGAAAAUCCACGUGGCAACUUUUGAUUUUCAGGAUGAAAUAUUUUCUGUUUGCACUCUCUCAAUUUCCCAUAAUCUCUAAUCUAAUCGAAAUAAUAUUCUGAAUGUGAAUUUUCAGCUGCAGAAACUUGUCUGAAAUUAAUUUCAGGCUGAAAAUUUGAUUUUUUGUAUUUAAUACAAGUUUCCAUCUAUCUAUUUUUUGCCCCCAAAAAACCGUAUGACUAAUUCCCUCUUGAAACUGUGAAGCAUUCAUAUGUAUUUUCACGGUGUUUUGUUUUUUUCUGUCCAAAAAACAUACACGGUGAUUCAUUUUGUGUUGUUCUCUCUCAACCCGAGAAACUACUAUUUGCUUUUGCUAGUUUUUGUACACACAGUGAUGUGUUCUUGAAUUUUGGAGCUCUGAAAUUGGGUUUUUGAACUGUAAUUCUGGAUUUUUGGACAUCUUUGGCCUGAAUUUAGAAAUUUCGACCAAAAUUCAUUUUUGCACCCGAAAACCUUGUACCUUUAAUCCCCUUCAUUUUUAGCCCCAAGAAAAAUGACUAGAAUUAGUUUUUGCACUCAAAAAAUAAAAAAAACAUGAGUUUUUACACAUUUUUGUUGUUUUCUGGAUGAAUCAAACAGAUGAAAAUUGAGAAGAGAGAAAAUGAGCUGUGAUUAAAUUGAUGAGAAACAUCAAUUUAAAGGGAUGUGGUGAUUUUAGGUGCUGGAAAAUUGAUUUGAAUGUGAAACAUUUGGAGUUUGAAACUUUUCGCGGCUAAAAAUCCACGUUUUUUGAAAAUAAAAAAAUCCGGAACUUUUAUUUUUAAAAAUUUAAUUUAAAAUAUUUUCUUAAUUUGUUUUAUCUUCAAAAAAAUCAUGAGAAACAUUUCGAAUUUCAAAAAAAUGAAAAUUUGAAUGGAAAAUAUUUUUUUCCGCAAAUUUUCCACCAUUUUUUCAAAAAAUUUCGCAUCAGAAACUCAAUUUUCCAAAAAAUCCUAAUUUUCCAACCAAAAAUCAAGCGAAAUUAUAAUUUUAAUAUAACCAAAAAUCAAGGCUCAAUCAAAAUUUCAAAAAAAAAAAUAGAAAAAUUUUGCUCUUUGAGCUACACAAUGAUGAUGAGUCGGAAAAACAACAAAAAAAGAGGCGGAGUCUUGUAGAGCAUCUUUUUUACACACUUUGCUCAUUUCUAUCUAUUUUCUCUUCACUUCCAUUCUGUUUUUGUACCCAAAUUUCACACGCCACAAAAAUGGUUUACGGUGAAUUUGUGCACAUUUUGGACUAUUAUUUGAGGCAGUUACGCGAUUUUUCGCGACAACAAUACGAGGAACAUCAGGAAGAGAAGAGAAGAUCGAAAAGUCCCAGAAGGAAGCCUCUAGAUGCGAUUCGAAGUUUAGAAGAGGGUAGGAAUCCGAGGCCAACAUCAGCACCAGUAGGAGGAACAUCACAGCAAGAUCAACAGAAUCCUAGGAAAGUUUCGUACCUCCAAGUUGCCCGAACUUAUUCCGAUAAUCGAAGAUCCCUUUAUAAAGUCGAGCUAGACAAAUAUUGGGAUCCGAUAUUUCUCGAAAAGAUUUUGCCCUCCCCAUCGGAGCGGAAUAUGCUAACAAAGUCUCAGAGCUCAGCAACAGAUUCGGGAAUUGAAAUGCCGUUUAUUGAUGAGGAUGACGACUUGGCUCCGAUUAUUUUAGCGCGCGAAAGAGCUGGGCAGAGUAGAAGGUAUCGGCCGGAUGGAUGGAUGUCGCCUAGGCAGAUGUUCAGACGAUGGUGGAGUGAGUUUCUGUGGAGGAGGAAAAUCUGAAGCUUGCGGUUUAUAUUUGCGGCUCGGCCAUAGAAUUGCUCAUAUUAUAGUUUCCUUGAAAUUCAUGAACUUCUAGGCUUCCGCUCUAAUUUAGACUUAGGUCCGUUUCUAAGCUUAUAUCUUUGCGGAAGCUUGCGGAACUGCCGCUUCGCGGAAGAUUGUGCCGCUUCGCGUAAGCUUGCGGUUCACACUCGCGACUUUGUCGCUCGAACAAAAACAAAAACUCCGCGUUUCUAUGGAAAUUUUCUGAAAUUUUUCCAAUUUUUAAAACAAAACACUUGAGUCUUCCAAAUUUUGAGGGUUUUUGUCCAUAAAAAUUCUCAAGGACCACUGAAAAAGUUCAAAGGUCCCACAGAUUUUCAAACAGUUUUUUGGCCUCUCAAAAAUCACCUCCAAAAAUUGAUUUUCCAAAACAAAAACAUUAAUUUCAGUGUCACUUUUAGUGAUUUUUUUCUGACAGAAAAAUAUCAGGUGUUGUUUUUUUUCUCGAAAAAAAAAAUUUCGAGCAAAAAAACAAUAGUUCACAGGGCCGUAAAACCCACGAUUUAUUUAUUUUUGAGCAGAAAAAUUGGAUUUUUUGGGGAGAAAAAAGGUCUCAUGAAAGUAAAAAAGCUCACAAUCAGAACUUUGAAAAUUUUUGGAAUGAUAGUUUGAGCUUAAAUUUAAUACAUUUCUGGAUUUUUACAAAAAAAUUUGAAUUUUUGAGGCUUUCUAAAAAUAUCUCAAAAAAGUUUCAAAAUAUCCAGAUUAAAACACGAAAAAAAGUUUUAUGUCAAUCAAAUUUUUUUCUAUUAGCGCACACGACAAAAAAGAGGAGACAAAAUUAUGGGUUUUGACAAGUUUUGCAACAGAAAAAACUGCAUUUUUUGUUUUGAAAAAUGUAGGGAUCUCGCCACGAAAUUACACUACAGUAUCCUGAAAAGUUAGCCCCAAAAUGUGGAAUUUUGAAAAACUUGGAGUUUUUUGAGCUAAAAAAUUAUUGAAUUUUAAAAAUUCUUAAAAAUUUCAAAAAUAGGUCCCAACACGAAAUUCAGCUACAGUAACCCUGGGAAUAUUGAUGCCAAAAAUUUUUGAAUAAAAUUUUUUCCAACUCAAAAAAAUGGAAAUUUUCCUCCAAUUUUAGAAAAUUCCUAAAUUGGGUCCCACCACGAAAUUAAACUACAGUAACCCUCAAUUUUUUGCAGGCGAUACUUUGGUCAAAAAAUUGCACAAAUUGGCCAACGAAUGUGUCGAGCUAUUAUGGCGAUUUUUCGAAGUUCACAUAUCAAAAAUUGUAUUUAUUAUCAUUGCCUGUUUUGUGGCCAAUAAUGUGAGUUGUUUUGUUGUUUUUUUUGGAAGAAAAAACUGUGCCAGGAUUGCAGAAAUGGGCGGAGCCUUGGACUCUCAAAAAUCAAUAUUUUUUUCCAGAUUUAUGCGUUGUACAUUCCGCUAGUCAUAUUACUCUCAUUAGCAAUUUGUCUUCCAUCAGCAGCCGAUGGAAUUUUCUCAAUUCUCAUGUGCUCCUAUUUAUUCCUGGUUGCCAUUGCCAAAAUGAUCUAUCAAUUGGAUGUGAUUCCGGAGUUAUCGAAAAUCGAUCGUGGAAAUGGAGCCGAUAAUUGUACGUGGAAAAAUACAACAAUGGCUGAAUGGUUUGGAUUAUUUAAAGAGAGCCAGCAGCCGCCGAUUUUGAUGUUAUGGGUGAGUUUGUUUUUGAGCCGUGAAAUUUGGAGCAUUUUGAGCCCGAAUAUAAUUUGCGGCAUGGUUUUUGGAGCAUUUUGAGCCUAAAUAUGACUGGGUUUAAGCCACGCCUCUUUUUGCAAUUUACUAACGACACUCCGCAAUUCCAGGGUGUAAUAAUAGCUGUCGUCGCAAUGGCAUUCCAAUCAAUAAUCGUCUAUCGCCAACGAUAUUUCCGAAGUCUUCGAGGUCUACCAGAAUCCCUACGUGCACGAGUCUUUCCCGAUUUUCAUCAUUCGAAUUAUGAUCAUAGUCUCAAACACGGUGUGCAAUUUAUCAUUGAUUACGGUUUCUACAAAUUUGGACUCGAAAUUUGUCUGGUUGCAAUGGGUGUUGAUGCGUGGGUUCGGAUGGAUUCAUUGGGAGCCAGUCAAUGUUUUUGGAUUGUCUUGUUUUCGAUGAAUAAGAGGUGGGCAUUUGGGGGAAUUUUGACCGAAGAGUUGAGAUUUUCGGAGUUUUUUAGCCUAGAAAACCGAAUUUAGACCAUUUCUUGAUCAUUUUGAUACCAAAUAUGGCCUAGAUUUGGUUUUCUAGGCCAUGUUAGGUAUCAAAAACGAGGCCAUGGCCUAGAAAACCAAAUUAAGUUAUUAAGGUCAUACUUGAUAUCAAAAUCAUCUAGGAUUCGUAAAAAUUGCAUUUCUAGGUCAUAUUUUGUAUCUAUAUGAUGAUUGUGGCCUAGAAAUCGUGAAAAUUAGAUUUCUAGGUCAUUAUUUGGUAUUUGGUAGUGAUCAACAUGGCCUAGAAUCCCAAAAACUAGUCCGCGAGCUAGAAAUCCAUAGAAAAUGGGGAUUUUUGAGCUGAAAAUAAUGCCACGUCCCUUUUUUUGCUCCUGAAAAUUUGAAAUUUUUGAAAAAUUCUAAUCUUCAGGUUUCCUAGAAACUUCAGAGUUCACCGAAAAAAAUCUGAAAAAUGGGUGCCACGUGGAUUUUCAGCCUAACUUUUCUCAAAUUUUCAGACCAUUUGUUCGACGACUCUGGCCAAUUUAUUUGGUCUAUAUGGCGAUUUUGUAUCCGCUUCAAUUUGUGAUUUAUGUUGGAUUGCCGCCCGAUAGUUGUAUAGGUAAGUUAGUUAUGACGUGGCAAAUUUAUCUAAAUUUUCUUGUAAAAUUUGAGAAAUUUGAUUUCUUGUGAAAUUUGAGCUAUGACGUGGCAAAAAUCGAUAUUUUCAGCCUAUCCCUGGUCGAAUCUUCUUCCCAAUUUCUCCGAAGCUGCAAAUCACAAUCUGGCCACACUUUUGGACCUGCCAACUUAUGGCCAAGCAUGGCCGCCAGCAUUCCUGUUGGCCGAUUUUGCGGUGCUACUUUUGGCCGCUUGCCAACUCAAUGUUUUCCGACGAGAAGGCGAGGAUAAUGAUUCGAUAUAUUCGGAUGGAUUGUAUUUGAUCAAAUCCGCCGAAAAUCCACACUAUGAUUUCAUUGAUGUGAAAAAGUAGGCUUUUGUUUUUGAGCCAUGAGAUUUGGAGCUUUUUGAGCCCAAAUUCGAUUUGCGGCACGGUUUUCGACCAUAUUUAUAUGACCAUAUUUAAGCCACGCCCUUUUUGCAAUUUGCGGCAUGGUUUUUCUUGAAUUUUGACUCAGAAUGAUCCAAAAACCUUGCAAAAAUGGGCGGAGCCUAAAAAACCUCUAUUUUUUCUCCACAGAUCUUCUGUCGACUACUUCAAAACCCUCAUUUUCCACUACGGUCACUGGAUUACACUUGCCGCAACUUUAGCCGCCGGAAUCGCCGGAACCUCGUUGUUCGCCUUGGGUUAUAUCAUUCUAACCCUCUGGCUCCUCUGGCAAGGAAACAAUUUGUAUGUGAUGAAUUCGCGCGGAAAUUCGUUCCAACAAACACUGAAACGAUGGAAUUUGAUACUCGGAUAUACGCUUUUCACAAUUACGAUGAAGGUUUUAUUGCAGGUAGGAGGGAAUUUGGAGCAUUUUGAGCUCAAAAAUGACUAGGUUUUUCCACGUGGCAUCAAAAAUUCUCAAAAUUUGGAGCAUUUUGAGCUAUGACGUGGCAAAUUCUAAAAAUUACUGUUUGCAGAUGUUUGGUUGUGUCUUCUUGAAAUGGUUCGAAUCAACAGGCAAUUUCCUAUGUAUAAUCCGCCAACUUUUCUCAAUAACCUGCAUUUACAACUACGGUAUCACACAAGAAAUGCCGAUUUCAAAAGAUUUCGAAAAAUCGUGCCCCGUGGAUUUGAAAGAGGCCAAAAUUGGCUAUGACGUGGUCGCGUUGGCGUUUUUGGUUCUACAAAUUCGAAUUUUCCACUCUUGGUAUUUCCAACAUUGUAUGGUUGAGUAUAGAAGUGAGGUGAUUUUGGCGAAUCGGUGAGUGCAAAGGUUUUGGGAGGAAUUUUUGGCGGGAAAUUUGAAAAAUUGAGCUAAAAUUCGGGAUUUUUCGAUAAUUUUGACCCGCAAAUUGUGAAAAAUUGGUAAAUUUGACAGAAAAUUAUGAAAUUCAGAUGGUUUUCAACCUGAAAUUUAUGUAAUUUGGACGUUUUGAGCAACAAAAAUGUGCAGCUCAAAAUUCUAGAAAAAAAAUUUAAAUUUUGAACCAAAAUUUGCGAAAUUUGAUGAUUUUCAACCCAGUAUCAUUGAAAAUAUGAAAUUUUGACCUGAAAUUGCACUUAAAUUUAAAUUUUCAAGAUUUUCUGGAAUUUCAUAGUAAGUUUUGUGUGAUUUUUCCUCAUUUUCAGUUUUCCCGGGUUUUGUUUUCAGUUUCCAAUGUUAUUUUCAUCGCGAAAUCCCCUCAUUUUUUCCAGCGGAGCUGUGCUCAAAAAUCAAUUGAUCGAAAAAGAGAUGAAAGAGCAAAAUGAGCAACAGAAGAAGAAGUUCAACGAAAUUCGCCGAAGAACCGAAGCGAUUCGAGAAAGAUAUCAAAAACAACAGGAAUCGGGAAAAGAGACGGCCGAGAUCAUUUUUGAACCGAAAACUUAUGGACAAGGUGAGUUUUGGGACAAAAUUCGGGUUGUUUGGGAAGUUUUGGAGCAUUUUGAGACCUCACAAGCCAUGAGCCGUGAAAUUUGGAGCAUUUUGAGCCUAGAUUUAAACCACGCCCACUUUUUUGAACAUUGCUCAGGUUAAACUUUUUUUCUCGAAAAUUUCCGAUUUUCAUAUUCAAAAGUUUUCAAAUUUCCUGACAAAUUUCACUAUUGCUCAAAGUAAAAUUUAGGCUCCGCCCCUUUUCUCCAGGUCUCAAAAUGCUUAAAAUAUUUUAUUUUGGGUGUCUUUUUUCUGGUGUCGGGAUUUUUUUCAAUUUUUUGAAUGUCAUUUUUUCCCGCCGAAAAAUGUCUUGCCACGUUGCAAAUCCUAAAAAUCCAAAAAAUUUUAGACCCCGAUGAUCCUUUUCCCUUCUAUGAUUUGAGAAUUUCUGAUGCUGAUGGUAACUCGCAAAAAAUUGACCUGAAUUUAAUUUUUGAACUGAAUUUUAAUUGAGUUUGGCACCCAAGGCUGGAUUUUUCAACUCUUUCCCCCUCUUUUCCUGUGUUUUUUACUAACCCUGGGCAAAUUUUGGACCCUACAGUAGUAAUUUUCCAUAAGCCCCAUUUUUUGGGCCUCUACAGUAUAUAAUUUUUAAAUCUGCGGAGAACUUUUUUGGACCCUACAGUACCCCUCAUUCCCGGGCCCAAAUAGAUUUGCAGAAAUAUCAAAAGUGAGACGAAGAAAAUUGAAUUCGUUUCAAAAAUUUGUGCACAAAAUUGUGAUAAAUAGACGGGUUUAUAGUGUUUAUGGGAAAGGUAAGCACAGAAAAAAUCUUGGAAUUUUUGUCCAGAAAAACUGAAAUUUUCUAAAAUUUGAAAAAUCUAACAGUUUGACUAACACUUCCAAUAUCUUUUAACUAAUUUUUUUGAGUUUUUGGGUUUUUUUAUUAGUUGGCUUAGCUGAAAUGUGUUUUUUUGCUCCCUUUUUGCUCCCCAAAAACCCUAUAUUUUCAGCCAAACGCGCUGGUGACUAUUACAUGUUCCGCGAGGAUCCGGAAGCGGAUGAUUUGGUUCAACCUGUCGAUUCGUUUGUUCCGGAAGUCGAUCCAAAAGCAACGGAAUAUAACAGACUUGAUCCUGGACAAAUAAUGUAUGCGGCAACUGCGCAUGAUAUGGAUUUGCAGAAAACACUGGGACAAGUGAAGAAAGGCGAUCAAAUUAAGGAUGCGGAAGAACGCGCGCUGGAAGCGGUUUCGGAAGGAAAAAAGAAUCCGGAAGAUCCGGAAGAACCGGAUGAAUCGAAAGUUGAAUCAGCUGUGAAGUUUGCGCAGAAAAUGAUAUCAUCUGCUCUGGAUCUUUGCUCGGUGACACUGAAUAAGUUAUGUAGAGAACAUCGAUAUGUUGGAUAUGUUUUGUCGAAAGAAAAACAGAAAUUGAAAGCUGGACACUCGGAAUCCUUAUCGAAUACUAGUAGAAAAUUGACGGAAAUUCGAACGGAUGUUGAUUUGAAAGCGUUGCAAUUGGUUCAUUCGGAAACUGAUGUUGAUAAGUGAGUUUUUAACGGAAAAUAUAGAAAAUACACGUUAUUUUGACACCAAAUACGCUCAGAAAAAUUUUGGGAUUUUUUUGACAGGGUUUAGGAGUUCUGUAAGCUUAAUUAUAAUAUGAGUUUUUUUUGCAACCUUAAUUACAAUUUUUCCUCUUAAAAUUCGCCCUAUUUGGUGUCAAAAUUGGAUAAAAGUUCAGAAAAUCUAUAAUAUGAGCAAUGUUUUUUUUCCUCAAAAAUUCGGUUUUCUGCAAUUUUUGACCCCUGGAAGUUUUCUCAAGAAAAGUUGGGAUUUUUGACACCGAACAUUGCUCAUAUUAUGCAUUUUUGAAGUAAAAAGUAUAAUCUGAGCUGUCAAAUUUGAGAUUUUAUGUUGGAAAAUUCCCAAAAUAUAGUAUAAUAUGAGCAAUUCUGACUGAAACUUUUUACCCAGAAAUCUCUUAUCUCAAUAAAUUGCUCAUAUUAUACUUGUUUCGAAAGCUUCAGCGAACGCAGCCAGGAAUCCAGAACAAAACGAAAUUCAAAAUUUGUAACAUGAGCAAUCCUAUAAUUAUCUUAUUUGGUAUGAAAAAAUUCCAAAAAUCUAUCGGAUUUUGCAGAAUGGAAACCGAAGCGGUCUCAGAUUGGCAACAAAAAUCAUCAAUAAUGCGAUUUGUGAACGCAGUUGUGAAUUGCAUCGGAGCCCACACCGAUAUUUUGUGCUACUUCUUCUCGAUUAUGACGCAAGUCAUGACUGGUGGACUAUUGACAAUGCCUCUUCCACUUAUGGCACUUUUCUGGGGAAAUUUGUCGAAUCCGCGGCCCAGCAAAUUCUUCUGGGUUACUAUGAUCACGUAUACCGAAUUUGUGGUAAGAUUUUGGGAACAAAUGAUUUUUGAGCUAAAAUUGAUCCAGAAAUGUAGAAAAAUCGCGGGUUUCAUGAAAUGUUGACCCAAGAAGUCCAAAUUUUGAGAAAAAUUCAAGGAAUUAUGAACUCCCAGAAUCUAGAAAAUUUGAAAAAUCACGAUUUUCGUGGAAUUUGAAUAUAAAGAGUCAAAAUUUGGGCACAGAUCUAUAAUAUGAGCAAUGGUCGAUUUUUAAGUUGAAAAAUUAGAUUUUUCAUGAAUUUUGAGUACAGCUAAACCUCUCUCAAAUAUGAGCAAUCUCCUAAAUUUCAGGGUUUUUAACCUCAAAAACCAAAUUUUCUGCAAAAUUCUAACAUGAGCAAUGCCAAUCGCAAAUUGUUGCAGAUCGUCAUCAAAUUCAUCUGCCAGUUCCAAUUUUUCACAUUCAACUCCACCGAAUACAUCACCCAAAACAAUCUGAACCCGGUUUCCGUCGACAAAGUCAUCGGUGUUUCGAAACGCGACUAUUUUGCUCUAUGGGAUAUCAUUUUGCUCUUCAGUUUAUUCUUCCACAGAUAUAUGUUGAGAAAAUUGGGACUUUGGAAGGAUGCCAAUUUGACUGACACGUUUUUGAGUAGCUCGACGAGUUCUACCGAAAAUUCGGCAAAUUCUGAGCCGCGCGUCUCGACUGGAAAAGAGUUGGAUACUGUAGAGACUACAGUAGACGAAACCCAAAAAGAGUCUAGUCUAUCGCAAGGAACUACAUCAAAUUCGGAAAUCACAAUUUAUUCAGCUGAUCCGGUUGUUGUUACACAGGAACCUGUUCAGACUUCGGAAGAAGGUUCGAAAGUUGGACCGAUUGGAAGAUUUAUUCAACAGUUGUUCCAUCCCAAGUUUAGAUAUAUUCGGUGGGUUUUUUGAGCUAAAAAUCUAUGGAAUUUGGUCAAUUCUGACCUAUUCUUUCAAAUUUUGACCUGGGAUUAACCCAAAAAUCAUUUGUACAAUAUUUGGCUGAAAAUGAGCUGAAAUUCGGGGAAUUUGUGGAAUUUUUAGCUGAAAUUCAUGAAAAAUGACCUAAAAUGUUAGGAAAAAGCUGAAAUUUUUAUCAAUUGUUCAUUUUUGUUCCAGAGAUCUGUAUCCAAUAAUGUUCGGAAUCGAUGUGAUUUGUUUCCUCACAAUCACAUUUGGCUAUUCAUCAUUUGGUGAAGGUGGAUCUGGAAAUGUAUUGAAUGAUGUGAAAGCGUCGAGAAUUCCGGUCACUCUAGUUGUUAUGUUGGUUGGAAUGACAUUGGCGAUUAUUGUUGACAGAGCGCUGUAUUUGAGAAAAUCAGUCUUGGGUGAGUGAAUUUGGCUGAAAAUGAGCUAGAAUUCAUGAAAAAAGGUUAAUUUUAACCUGAAAUUCGUUGAAAAUUGUCUAUUUUUUUCCACGUGGAAAUCCUAAUUUCAACUAAAUAUUCCAGGAAAAUUGAUCUAUCAAAUCUUCAUGAUCACAUUUUUGCACAUUUGGAUGUUUUUGGUGCUUCCCGAAAUGACGACUCGCGCAGCAAUCAAUAAUAAAGUCGCGCAAGCUCUCUACGUCAUGAAAUCGUGCUAUUUCCUCGUUUCCGCGUGGCAAAUUCGAAACGGUUAUCCGGAAUUGUGUAUUGGUAAUUUGUUGACACACUCGUAUGGUAUGAUCAAUAUGAUUGCCUUUAAAGUGUGAGUUUUUUGGGGAUCUCUGGAAAAUUUGGCGCAUAUUGAUACCCCUCACGACGUAUUUUUGAGUUCUACCCGAAAUGCGCCAGCAACUGAAAAGAGUUUCAUGGGAACCAAGAAUUUAUUACUUGAAAUGCGUCAGCAAACAUCCUUGGCGCACCUUUUGUAGCCCUCCAAACUCUGUCAUUUUUGGUCUCAAAAUAUCCGAAUUUUUCUGAAAAUCCCGAAUUUUCCAGUUUCAUGCUCAUCCCGUUCCUCUUCGAACUUCGAACAGCAAUCGAUUGGACUUGGACCGACACAUCAAUGCCUUUGAUGGAUUUCUUCAACAUGGAAAACUUCUACGCGCACAUCUUCAAUUUGAAAUGUGCUCGUCAAUUCGAAGCCGAUUAUCCGGCACCACGCGGCGUUGCCAAAGGAAAAUUGGUGAAAUAUAUGAUGGGUUUCCCGUUGAUUAUUGGAGUUGUUUUAUUCAUUUGGUCGCCGUUGUUGUUGGUGUCGCUUUUGAAUCAAAUUGGUGAGGGUUUUUUUUUGCCACGUCAUAUCCUUGUUUUUUUGUUUUGCAGGAACCAUCAGUAUGCCUGUCAAAGUCACAUUGCGAGUAUCGAUCGAAGGAUAUCCGCCACUGUAUGAAAUGGAAGCACAAGGACAAACGACAGAUAAUCGAGAAUUGCAGACAAUGAGCUGGGGACAAUAUCAGACAUUGACCGAUAUUAUUUCGAAACGGUGAGCAGCAUUUUGAGCCUCGUGAAAUUUGGAGCAUUUUGAGAUCUCAUAAGGCAAUUUUUUGAAAACUUCGUACAAUUUGGAGCAUUUUGAGAUCUUAUAAAGCUAAUUUUUGAAAACUUGAUAAUGGGGUGAUUCAGGUCGAAAAAAAAAACUAAAAAAAAACGUUUUUUUACAAAAAAUUUCGAUUCAGCAAAUGUCAAAAAACUAUAUUUUUUUCCUAUUUCUCGACAUUUUUUGACAUUUUUUUCAUUGAAACAUUUUCGCUGCGAGAUAUCUCUCAUUUUUGUGUGGAAAAAAAUAGGGUUUUUUGACAUUUGCUGAAUCGAAUUUUUUUGUAAAAAAACGUUUUUUUUUUAGUUUUUUUCGACCUGAAUCACCCCAUAAAAUUAGGAGCCUUUUGAGAUCUCGAAAGGCUACUUUUCGAAAACUUGAUGAAAUUUGGAGCAUUUUGAGCCUAGACACGCCCACCUUUUUUCAACAUUGCUCACCAAAAAUUUGAAAACAAUGUUAGCCAUGCUCAUAUUCAACAGUUCUUGGAAAACUGACCAUUGCUCAUGUUAGUCUGAAUUGUGAAGAAUCCCACAGUUUGCCACAUCAUAACUAAACUAUUCAGGAAAAAUAGGCAUUGCUCAUGUUGACUGCCGAUGUCAAAUUCCUAAUUUCCCCCCGAUUGCCACGUCAUAACUCGAUCUAUUCGUUUUCCAGAUAUCAAGCCCGUGACACCGAAUCAAUUCUACGUUCUCGAAUGUCUGGAUCAUAUCUCAAAGGUUUCACACCCGAAGAUAUUUUGAUUGUUCGUUUCCGACCAGAAUCUGAAGUUUAUUGGCCAAUUUCACAAGAUUCCAUCAAUGCGAUGAUGUGAGUUCUGAAAAAAAUUGGAGAUUUUUAGCCGAAAAUUCAUAUUUACAGAAAUAAAUUGGAAGGAAAUUCAUCGGCAAAUUUCCAAGUGACAUUGGCUUUCACGAGACCUUAUAAUUCCAAUGAUAAUGCGGCUCUAACGCAUUCGAAAUCGUAUUUAGUUCCAAUAGAUCAAUCGCCUGAUGUUAGAGCGGAGAUUAUUAAGGGACUGAAAGGUGGAGAUAUAUCAACACCUGUGAGUAUUUUUGGUGGAAUCACAUAACCCUUAUUCUUCCUGAAUUCUUUGCAGAUCACCAUCAAAACCGCCCUUCCAUCAUAUAUUCAAGUGCCGAAUUCGGGAGAACUAACACUUCCAACAGCGAUUGGAAAUUCGAUAGUUCUAGACUCGAAUGGUGGAUAUCCGGCCGAUUUGCCAUAUGCUGAUCUUGGAAAAGCGUGGUUCGACACGUUGAAAUUGACAUUGAAGCCGAGCAGCACACAGAAUACCGUGAGUUUUAAGCUCUAGCAUUUUUUUAGAUAGGUCGAUUCAUUUGUGAUCCUAUUUUUUUUGCAGAAAGUCUGGCUGCUCUCUCAAAUCCAUCCUGGUCUCUCGAAUGACACCAUGUUUUUGCCAGCCGAAAAAACAUCAUAUGGAGGAGAUCGUGAUUAUAUUCAAGUUGUCGGUUUUGUCGACAGAGCUUUUCCAUCAUUUUUGGGUGAGUUUUUGCGAUUUUCCAGGUUUUUUGCUGUAAAAAUUGGAUUUUUCAUCGAACUUUGGUCCAGAAACGUUGGAUUUCGACAAAAACCGAUUUCAGUAGAGAAAAGUCAAUUUUCGACCGCAUCGAACCAAAACCAAGAAAGAAAAUUCGUUUCACUCAAUUUUCCCCUCCUGAAAAUCCCCAUUUUUUUCCAGCUGCGGUCUACAAAGGCGGUGUAAUUGCAAUGUAUUUAUCAGUGGUUGUAGUUGUUGGUCGAGGAGUUGUUCGUGGCUUAUUCACAUCGCAACCAAGUAGUGUCAUGUUCAAUGAAUUGCCGAAUGCUGAUCAUUUGUUGAAGAUUUGUUUGGAUGUUUAUUUGGUUCGAGAGGCUAAGGAUUUCUUCUUGGAACAGGUGGGCCCAGGCUUCAAAAAUUUGAAUUUUUCACCAAAAAAUUCGGUCGGGACUUGAUUUUUGGCUCUGGAAAUUUGAAUUUUUCAUGAAAAAUGCCCAAAAUUCAAAUUUUCCGCGAAAGCUUUUCCCGCCAAAUUACAAGUUUCCGGGUCCCGCCACGAUCUAUAGUAGCCCAUAAAUAAUGUUAAUUUCAGGAUCUAUUUGCCAAAUUAAUAUUCUUAUUCCGAUCGCCGGCCACAUUAAUCGAAUGGACUCGAAUGAGCAAAAAGAAGCUCGAAUAA